AUGGAUGAUAUCCGUAGCAAAUUGCCGACUCCUUUUCAGUUUUCACCCGUCGUCCUAGUCAAUCCAUCAAUUACAGAAAGCUUCUCCCCGGAAAAGGGAUCAUUUACGAUUGCUAAAGGAUUCAAAAUAUCAAUCAUGAAUCAUGACUUUAUUGAUCCUUAUGCUUCUUACCCUUACCCGAAUAAUUCUUUUUUGGGCAAAUAUAAAGUCGAUAAUUUAGUGGUUAUGAUAAGAAAGCUUUUGAAGAACAUUAUUUAG